CAGUCCCUGGCAGCAACUCCAACUAGGGCACUGGGAAAGCCUGUUGCCUGAAACCUCAGAGAGCAGCUGCCAGCCCGAGUACACAGCCCUAAACGGACCAAGGGUCCGACUCGGUGCAAAGUCAGCUGCCUUCACCCCUAAUGCCAGACAGCUUAGGGCAGAGAGGCAACUUGGCGCCAGGCAUGUCGCUGGCCACCUAUGCUUGGGGUCCUUCCACGGCAACAGGCACACGUGGGUUCUGGCUGGAGUGAGAGUGCGGGGCAUUCCUGUCCUCUUGGCAGUGGGGCUGCCCUCUUUGCCCCUGGCUCUUUGGCCUGGCUUUGAUUCUCUCUAGGGAGGCAGCCCUGCAGACCAGCCAUGGCCGCAGAGGAAGGGCUGCUCAUCAACGUCAGCACCCUGCUGCCCCCUCCGGGGUUCUCCCAGCCCCACAUGGGGCGAAGAGGACCCUCCAAGCCACAGCACGGCAAGGGAAAGCAGCAGCUUACGGCUCAGAAAAGAGCAUUCCAGUGGCCAGCGGAAGACGCGCCCCCCAAGCGGAAGCCAAACUUGCCUUUGCCCCAAACAAAGAAGCCGCGGAAGGGACCUCAAAGCAUCCGGGAAGGAGGGCGGCCAGAGCCUCCUUCAAAGAAGCACUUGACUGAUGGAAAAGAGGGCGUGCCGGGUGGCCAUGAUGGCAGCAGGCCGUUUGUGAAGACCUCUUCUCUCUUCAAAAACAAUCCUGAAAUUCCCGACAUUCAAAGAACUGCAGUGGAACAAGUGCAGGAGAAAGUGUUCACCUCGGAUUCUUUUGAUCAGCUAGACCUCCACCCUCACUUGACUUCAACAAUAACCUCCAUCUUGAAACUGUCUAGUAUGACCAGUGUGCAGAAGCAGGCGAUCCCCGUGCUGCUGCGAGGCAAAGAUGCUCUGGUGAGAUCGCAGACCGGCUCAGGUAAAACGCUCGGCUAUGCUAUCCCGCUUGUUCAAUCCUUGCAGAAAAAGGACCCCAAAAUUCAGCGCAGUGAUGGUCCAUAUGCCCUGAUUUUGGUUCCAACCAGAGAGCUGGCCCUACAGAGUUUAGAAACCAUCCAGACACUGUUGAAGCCGUUUACCUGGAUUGUGGCUGGCGUGCUGAUGGGAGGAGAAAAGAAGAAAUCGGAGAAGGCCAGAAUUCGCAAAGGACUAAACAUCCUUAUUGCCACUCCUGGUCGCCUGGUGGACCACAUCAAGUCCACCAAAUGUCUCCAUUUUCGCCGCGUCCAGUGGCUGAUUCUGGACGAGGCUGACAGGAUUCUGGAUCUGGGUUUUGAGAAGACUGUUGCUGCCAUCUUGAAUGCUAUAAAUGCUGAUGCCAACAAGCGCCAAAAUGUCCUGUUGUCAGCCACCCUUACGGAAGGAGUCUCGAGAUUGGCCAGUAUCAGCUUGCAGGAUCCAGUCUGCGUCUCUGUCACGGCACAGUCUGGCGGCUCGAACGCCCCAGAGGUGAAACCGUGUGCCGGGGAGGCAUUUGGCCCAGCUCCCCAGGGAGCGGAGCUGGACGGUUUUGCUGUGCCGGAAAAACUCCAGCAGAACGUCGUGGUGAUCCCGUACAAGCUGAGGCUCGUGACGCUGGCGGCUUUUAUCCUCGGGAAGUGCAAGUUUGAGAAACGCCACAAGACGAUCGUCUUUUUCUCCAGCUGCGAGCAGGUGGCUUUUCACCACGCGCUCUUCUGCAAGGUCCUGGGUGAGGAGUGGAGGGCCGUCGGGUCGGAACGUUCGCCGCCUCGGACGUUUGCAUGUCUCCACGGCGACAUGCAGCAGAAGGAGAGGACGUCUGUCUUCCAGGAUUUCUUGCAAUCAAAGACUGGGGUCUUACUCUGCACUGAUGUGGCUGCUCGUGGAUUAGACCUGCCCCAAGUUACCUGGAUUGUACAGUACAAUCCUCCCGCUUCGCUUGCCGAAUACGUCCACCGAAUCGGGAGGACAGCCCGGAUUGGCAGUCACGGGAACAGUCUGCUCUUCCUUGCACCUUCAGAAGCAGAAUAUGUCAGCUUGCUGGCUUCUCACAAGAUUAACUGCUUAACGAACUUAGAAAAGAAAGCAGCUCCCCACGAAGGCACGAGCCCCCCCCCCGUCUCCGUGCCCCCGCCCACCGACCCCAUCCAUUUCUCCGUGACACACUCCCUGCUGGGCAAACGAAGUUCGCUUAUCUGCAGGGCGGUGAGUUGACAGCACGCCAGCCGAGCGAAGGAACCGGGGCGGUGGCGGGAUAGCGAGAGUGACAUCUCGGGCAGAUCACUGUCAAAGGCGGUGACAUUUCCAUUCACGAGAGUGCCGGAGCGAGCUUUGCAGGGGCGCGCGGAUGGUGCCUCUCCCCCUCUUGUUCAGCAGUUGUCAUUCGUGGGUUGAUUUUUUAAAAAUUUUAAUUUCUGCCGCGGAGGCUUGAAAAAAGAAACCGCAAAAGGAAAGACAUCAGAAGAGAGGAAGCUUCCAGAUACUGAGUCUGACCCUUGGUCCAUCUAGCUCAGUGUUGCCUGCACUGGCUGGAAGCAGCUCUCCAAGGUUUCGGGCAGGAGUCUCUCGCAACCCUAUGCUGGGAGAGAUGCUGCCAGGGAUUGAACGUUGGACCUUCUGCAAGCAUGCAGAUGCUCUUACACUGAGCUGUGACCCCAUCCCCGAAGGGGACUGUCUUACAGUGCUUGCCUGUUGUCUCCCAUCCUCCUCCUCCUUCUACAUGACAGCCUUCAGAUAUUUGAAAAUGACUCUUAUAUCUCCCUUCGUCGUCUUUUUCUCCAGACGAAAUCUGCCCAGCUCCAUCAGCUAAGGACCCACAAAUUUAGGUGUCGCUCUAAAUUUGUGGUUGCCACCAAC